AUGCCUCCCACGAACUUGUCAGUUGCGACUCCAGACUUUUUUUUGAUGGGAUUUCCUGGAUUAGAGGCAUAUUAUGUAUGGUUGUCUGUUCCAUUCCUUGUUAUGUACUCUGUAGCAGUUGUGGGCAAUAUUAUAAUAUUAUGCGUAGUUAAACUUGUAGAAAGUCUCCACACCCCGAUGUUUUCCUUUCUUUGUGUUCUGGCUCUGAUCGACUUAGGUCUAUGCACUUCUACAAUUCCUAAGAUGUUGCAGAUGUUCUGGCUCCAAGCUAACGUGAUUUCUUUUCAAGCUUGUUUUGUUCAGAUGUUUGUAAUUCACUUCCUAUCAUCGUUAGAAUCCUCGACAUUAGCAGUUAUGGCAUACGACCGGUAUGUUGCCAUAUACAACCCUUUGCGUUACACUACCAUAUUGACAAAUGCAUAUAUUAUUAAAAUCGUUGCAGUACUUUUCGUGAGGGGCUUUAUAUUAACAGGCCUAAUUCCUGUUUUAGCUUCCCGGCUGCCUUUCUGUUCAUCCACGAUCAUCUCUCAUUGCUUCUGUGACCAUAUGGCUGUAGUCAAACUGGCAUGUACAGACAUUACUAUUAACAGUUAUUACGGACUUGCUGCUGCAUUCUUUGUAAUUGGUACGGAUCUAUUUUUUAUUAUUUUUACCUAUGUAAUGAUCAUGAGAGCUGUACUAAAACUGGCAUCAAAAACAGCUCGUCUGAAGGCGUUCAAUACUUGUGGUUCACAUUUAUUUGUUAUACUUUAUUUCUAUACAACAAUGUUAUUUUCUUUUAUUACAUACAGAUUUGGUCAAAGUGUUCCUGCUCAUGUUCAUGCUACGUUUACGGUGUUGUAUCUUUUGGUGCCGCCGAUGUUAAAUCCAGUAAUCUACGGUGUCAGAACUAAAGAAAUACGGGAAGGUUUCCUGAAGCACCUUUUUGGGAAAAAGAUUAAGCCUAAAACUGAGCAUUUAAAUAUUAAAGAUAAUCGUGAACCUUAUGUAAAUGAAACCUAAGGGUUUACAUUUCGAGUUUGCUUAUUUACAAAAGUAUUGCUAAUUUCUUCAGAACAAAUUUUAAAGUUCAUAGAAUUUCUGAUGUGCAUGUGGUAACUUACUGUUUGUGAAAAACCGCAUUCGCUGUGUCCGACCUACAAAAGUGACACAAAUGAUUCUCAUUUAAAAUUCAUACUUUAAGACUUCAAAGGCGGGCACGUCAUUUAUAGAUAAUCAUCAUUAUUUGUGCUGUAUAUGAUAACAUUUCUGGUAUGUGUACAGCAAAAGAAACCAUAUAAUUUACACAUUACCACAAAAGGGAAGAAUAGCCA